UGUAUCAGCGCCGCACUGCGCCUGCGUCAAAUGUAUCCGCGCCGCCACCACGUGGUUCCCCAGCGACACAUUGCUACAGAGAGUGAACAACUUUGCUCCUCCCCCCACCAGCGCUCAAUGCGGGCGGAGGCGGAAGGAUGGGGGUAACUUGUGUUUCCCAGAUCCCAGCGCUGGAGGGCAAGAGUGUCCAGCAGGCCGUGGAGAUGUUGACCAAAAAGCUGGAAGUACUGGGCGCAGUGAAGCAAGGGACUUUCUGUGUGGACUGUGAAACGUACCACGCUGGGCCGGCCGUCACUAUCCCAGGUGGUGUUUUCCCCUCAGGACAGCCGGCUAAGUUCAUGUACAUCAUGCACAACACUGAGUAUCCUCUCAGCUGCUUCGCCCUGUUUGAGAACGGGCCGUACCUGGUGGCGGACACCAACUUCGACACGCUGAUGAUCAAGCUGAAGGGCUUCUUCCAGAACGCCAAGAGCAACAAGAUCGAAAGCCGUGGCCCUCGCUACCAGUACGGUGACUUCCUGGUCAAGGUGGGCACGGUGACCAUGGGACCCAGUGUGCGCGGCAUAUCUGUGGAGGUUGAAUACAGUCCGUGCAUUGUGUCGAGCGACUGCUGGAAUCUGAUGAUGGAAUUCAUGCAGAGUUUCAUGGGCAACCACACGCCCGGGACCCCAUCCGUGUUCUCCACAAAGCACGACGGCAUCUACACCCCCACGGACACCGCCAUCCAGUACAUGGAGCUGUUCAACAAGAUUCGCAAACAGCAGCAGGCCCCAGUGUCCGCGACGAGAUAGCCCGGCUGGAAGAAGGGCCUUGACCCGGAACGUCCACCCAUUCCUUCCCUCCAGCGCUGCUGCCUGUCCUGCUGAGUUACUCCAGCACUCUGUGAAACGUCACCUAUCUAUGUUUGCAGGUUAAUUGUUUUAAAACUGUCCCUUGUGUGUAGGAUAGUGCUAGUGUACGGGGUGAUCACUGGUCGGCAUGGACUCAAUGGGCCGAAGGGCCUGUUUCCACAGUGUAUCUCUAAACUAAACUAAGCCCAGGCCAUAAUACUGGGAUAAGACUUUGUGAUAAUAAUGGGAUUUUUCAGUUAUGAUAGAAACAAGUGCUGGAGAAACUCAGCGGGUGCAGCAGCAUCCAUGGAGCGAAGGAAAUAGGAAACGUUUCGGGCCGAAACCCUGCAGUUCCUUCUUAAACACCUUAACAAUCUUAUAUGCUUCAAUGAGAUCCCCUCCCCUCUCAUCCAUCUAAACUCCAGAGUGUACAAGCCCAACGUUGCCUAUUUCCUUCGCUCCAUCGAUGCUGCUGCACCCGUGGAGUUUCUCCAACACUUUUGUCUACCUUCGAUUUUCCAGCAUCUGCUGUUCCUUCUUAAAAACUUGUUAUAAUGUUCACUCUGUGUACUGUACAUAUACAGGCCUGUUAUGCUGCUGCAUGGAAGAGUUCUGAUGUUGCGUUUACAGUGCAUAUGACAAUAAAACACUCUUGAAGUAGUCUGA